AUGAAAUCUCUCUUUCUUCUAUUACUUGCCUGCCUUUGGGCUCAAGCUAGCCUAGCUCGUGGGGACUUGAAUACGGCCAUCAGCGAUGUCAAGCGGAUUUUGGUACCCCAUCACCCGCCUGGGCAUGACGCUGAUAUCCUUGACCAUCUGAGUCCCAAAUCUGGCCAUUCGCUGUUUUUUCGCGAGUCUGCGAAGAAAGGAAUUCUCGGUGCUGCGUUUGGACAGAUGAACGCAACAUUCACCCAUCCUACCGUGCUACUUGAUCACUCGUCGCAUGUUUUAGAUGUCCACUGCUCAAAGUCCAGCCUCAAGGUCUGCUUCCGAAACGAGGAAUCUCGACGUCUGGCUGCGCUGGCAUGGCAGAGCCAUCUGGGCCCGUUCUUCCUCUCGCCCUUCCACAAGGGAUGCGGGAAGCACCAUGAAGGCCAACGGAGCUAUUUCAAGUUCGGCUCCAUAGCGCCGGCCUCGAAUGCGAGAUGCGCUGAUGUUCAGGCUACAGACGUCCCGGCAGAGGAUGCGAUGGAGAGCUUUGAUCUUGAUUUCGGGCACGAACAGAACCCCGGUAGGUCGGCGGAUCUGCGACGGAGAAGUGAUGCCUCCUCCUUGAUUGCCUCGCAGGAAACGAUUGACAUCUCGGACGACGAAGAGUUGCUGAGCGAGUUCUUUGGCGUGGAGUGGAAUACUACCUACCCGGCCAAUACGACGGCGGCCACUCCGAUGCUGCAUAACGGGACUGUUGAGGCGACCAAGAGGUCUAGCAUGCGCCGGUCCAACCUCCAUCGCCGGCUAUGGGGCCCAUUCCAGGCGAUAGUUGACGUUGCGGAGAAAACGAAGAACGUAAUUGUCGAUGCUAGCAACGCGGUAGCCGAUGCCGCGGUCUCGGCCUAUAACACCGUCGUUGAUUUCGGCAAGGAUGUCGGACGGCUUGUCCAAGACAGCCUGAAUUACGAAUGGAGCCUGGGAGCAUCUAUCAGCAGAUCCUGGGAUAUCGGCGGCGCAGGAACCCAGGCGGUGCCCACCAGCCCUGGCCUCUUCGGCGAAGGAGAGGGCCUGGCUAUCAGCUCUAAUGGCCUGAUCCCCGGUAACAUCCAGUGCGAGAACUGCUACGCCCGCGGCGAUGUGUCGGUGGCGGGCCACAUUGGGUGGACGCUCAACGACGGCCUCAAGACGGGGUACUUGGAGGUUGGCGGCGAAUGGGACUCUCGCCUGGCGCUGGGCUUCCAGAUCAGUGGCCAGGCCAAGGUGGAAGCCUUCCAGAAGAAGCUGUUGCGGAAGAAUCUCGUAAACCUGGAGAUCCCCGGGGUGAUUGCCAUUGGACCCGAAGUCACCCUCGGCGUCGUGUUCGACAUCUACUUCCAAGCGCAGACCGAGAUGCUGCUGGGCGCGCAGUUCAAGGUCUCCAGGGGCUCAGCUCGCAUCGACCUGGUGGACAAGCAGAAGAACCACUUUAACGGGUUCGUGCCAAGUCUGGAGCCCAUUGCAAAGUACCGCGGAAAAGAGGAAACGGGCUUUAUCCUGGACUUUGGCCUGCCCCUUGGUCUUGAAUUCGGUGUCAGGCUGCUUGGUGGGAAAUGGGAGAAGUCGGUUGGACUCUUCGACCAGCCUUCGUUCCAAGUCAAGGGGAAAGCCCCAGCGGAGGGUUGCAAUGGCAUCGACAUGUCCCUGGCCAUCCAGAACUAUAUCUACCUGAGUGCUAGUGGUUUGUACGACUACGCAAUCGAUACGCGGGAGCUAUGGAACAAGCCGUUAGGGUGUAUCGCGAGCAGUGCGGGAUCCUCCAAGAGACUAUCUUCCAAGCGACAGGCACCGCGUAGCAUCGCCGGUCUGCUUCCACGCCAGGCAGACGAUGAGGCGGCAGCCAUGGAGCUCGAAGACCCCGAAGACGCCGUGGAUCAGACCUUUGAAGACGGCGCUGCCUCAACCAAGCCCCCGCCUCAGGACAAGGUCCCGGUCAACGCGUCCCAGGUGGACUCGGUCACUGGCUACUCGUACAGACUACUAGCCGACCUCAACGAGACAGCGAUUCUGGUGUCCGGCAAAGAAGACCGCCUAUACCUGGCGCCGUAUGGGGAUCCGGAUGCGAGCUCCGGAUCUCCAUUUUCCACUGAGCCUUCAGUCUCGGACGCAGUCAUCCUUGGCGAUGUCUUCGGAGGCUAUCUGAACUUCAGUCCGGAGGAAAUGGCCCUCACGGGGGUGAGUAACCUGAGGUCAUCUCGGCUGACCAAGGUGUAUGAGGGAAAUAGGUUCAUUUCCUUGACUGAGGUCCAAGUCAACAGCCACAACGCAACUGCAGGGAUGUAUGUGGCAGUUGAGGCAAGGACCGAGCGGGUGUACAGCCUGGUGACAUGUAGCGUCAUUGACAUGGGCACAAGAAUGUACGUGGUGGACCCCGCUCAGAAGGAUAUUGUCCAGCGUCUGUCCAACAACGAGCUAGAGGAUACAAUAGUUGGUGGCCCGGUCAGAGGAUGUCAGUAUGUGUACUUGACAUCGCGUACGCGAGGCUUGCAGCUGCCGCAGGUUGGCCGCAAAGGGCGGUAG